UUAAGACUUUGGUAGAUAUGUGCUGUCCACAAAAUCUCAAAAGAACAGUUGCAGGGUUUAGACUGUGUGUGUGCGCUGAUAUUUGAGAAAUAUCAGUUUUUACAUCCUUUCUAUCUGCACCAAAUGGACAGUGCACUGUAGUUUCUUCCAGUUCUACCACAAAGUGUCAUGUUUAUACAGGUCAUCAAGCGAUUGAGAAUAUCCUGUCAAAAGUCACACAUUGAAGAAGAUUGACACUGAAAUGUGGGUUGUUCACAUUUCUGCAGCUGCCAAAUGUAUGCAUUUUAAAUGACAUACAAUUACAUACUCAUCCCAUGUGAGGUUGAAUACAUAAGAGGUAUUAAUAUUGUUUUUUGCUGGACAUAAAAUGUUUAAGCGGUUCUAAGUUAGUGACUGAAAUAUAAUUUCCAACACUUGAUAGAUUUCACAAGUUAAUGAUAACACUGAAGGCAGUGUAGUCCAAUAAAUACCUCAGUAAUGAUACAUCAUAAUAAUAUGACUGCCACUGCUUCUAAAAAUACCUGCAGGAUCCACCACCAGAGUAAACUUUCAAGCCUGCUUAGUUCCACUGCUUGAGUCUAUUUUGGUGAGCUGAAUCAGCUUAGGAAGAACUGCGUCUGCAUUAGAAUUAGAAGACACUUGUACACUCAGAAAAUUCCAGUGUCUAAACCAAAAUGGGGAAUCCAUAGGACUUUUGUUUGAUUCCUUUGCUCAGUUGUAAAUGAGUUUGACAAUUUCCAGGCUUCAGCCAUCAAAAACGGUUAUGUCGGUUAUGACCCUUGACAGAAGAAUGCCUUUGUGCUGAACCUGUACUGCAGUCAUGUGGGCCUCCCCCCACCUCCCCUACUCAGUUCACCUGUGUUCAUCACUGUAUAAUCCUCCACUAGUUUACUCAGACAAUGAAUUCCAAAUGUAAAACAUAACAGGUGUCAAAUUGAGUCAUUGUGCAUCGGUGAGUGCUCAAGGUCAAUAGGAGUUGAGAGGAAUGUGUUUAGGGAUAAAUUUAGAGGCAGUGAGGUGAGAGGUUCACAAGAAGCCAUGACCGAUACCUAAUCCAAAGCAAGUGCUGUUCAAGUUGAAUAGACACAGAAAUCCAAGAGGAUUCUGAAUGUUUUUGUAAGUCCAAAAGCAGAGCACAUCAUUUUAACAGUUGACAUGUACAGCUUUUAAAGAAUGCGAGGAGGAAUGCCAAGUAUUUGAGCUGUAACAACAUAGGACCUGUGAAUGGAACUGCAGUGGCUUUUCUCAAAAGCUGUUUCAGUGAAGCAUUAUCAACUCAGCUACAUUUCAUGCUUGGAUGCGAUUCGAGUUUAGUUUGGGAACAAUUAUUGUCCCCAACAAGCCAUAAAAAUAAAGGAAAAAAAGUUGGGUAAUUUGGAUUCCCUACUUGUGUAAUGUGUGGGCUAAUGCGAGAUAACUGGUCAGUCCAAUGUAGGCUACAGCAUGAUUCUGACAGUCAUGAGUGGGAUUGACACAUCUGCGUGUUCAUAGUUUCAAAUCAAUAUAAACUAGAUAAGAUGUUACAAGUAUCACUGUACAAUGAGUUAUACAUUUGUACUUUUGCCUGGGCAAUUUAUUGAAUCAGACUGUUUUGAUGCCUACAUGUUUACAUGAACGGAUGAAACGCAAGGAUACAUUUGUAACGUUUUUUGGCUAUUAAAGCUAAUUCACAUCAAUAAAUUUGAAUUCGAUUUUGAGUAGGAUAGCUGUGCUGUCAAUAAAUUAUGUGAAUCAGGGAAAGUAUGUCUACAAGCAGAGUGGCAUUCAGUGUGUGCAUGUCUGUAAUGAGGAGUAAUUCUGGAAGAUUCUACUGCAAUCUUGAGUGGACCCCCAUUUCAUCCGCUUAUUCUGGGGACUCUCAAGCCAGUCUACUAACCCUGUUAUUUAGCUACACAUACUCACACAGUGGUGGGGACAAAGGAUUUGGGACCCAAUGACUGGAAUAGACUGAGAACUUACUUCAUCAGCCAAGAUGUCAAAGAGGCCAUCAUAUGCCCCUCCCCCUCCCCCUGCCCCUACCACACAAAUGCCCAACACUCCUGGGUUUGUGGGGUACAACCCAUACAGCCAUCUGGCCUACAACAACUACAGACUGGGAGGGAACUCAGGCAGCAACAGUCGGGUGACGAAUUCUUCUGGAAUAAACAUUCCCAAGCCGCCCAAGCCUCCAGACAAGCCUCUGAUGCCUUAUAUGCGUUACAGUAGAAAGGUUUGGGAUCAAGUAAAAGCCUCCAAUCCUGAUCUGAAGCUAUGGGAAAUUGGGAAGAUAAUCGGUGGCAUGUGGAGGGACCUCACUGAUGAGGAGAAACAGGAUUACUUGAAUGAAUACGAAGCAGAGAAGAUUGAGUACAACGAGAGCAUGAAGGCCUACCACAACUCCCCAGCCUACUUGGCCUACGUCAACGCCAAGAACCGUGCCGAGGCCGCCCUGGAGGAGGAGAGCCGGCAGAGGCAGUCCCGGCUGGACAAGGGCGAGCCUUACAUGAGUAUCCAGCCGGCCGAGGACCCUGAUGAUUACGAUGAUGGGUUCUCCAUGAAGCACACCGCCGCCGCCCGCUUCCAACGCAACCACCGGCUCAUCAGCGAGAUCCUGAGUGAGAGCGUAGUCCCGGAUGUGCGCUCCGUGGUCACCACUGCCCGCAUGCAGGUCCUCAAACGGCAGGUUCAGUCUCUGAUGGUGCACCAGAGGAAGCUGGAGGCCGAGCUACUUCAGAUAGAAGACCGCCACCAAGACAAGAAGAGGAAAUUCAUCGAGGCCACAGAGUCUUUCACCAACGAGCUCAAAAGGCUGUGCUGUAUGAAAGUGGAGGUGGACAUGGAGAAGAUAUCGGCGGAGAUCGCGGCGGCGGAGGAGGCGUCCCGCCGACGGAUGGCGGAGAGGGAGAAGGAGGCGACAGACCAAGGGGAGCCGGACGCCGCCGCCUCCGGGCUGGAGGAGGGGGAGAAGAACGUGGGCCUGGCGCCCGGCGGCACGGCCCAGCAGGACUCCCCGAGCGAAGGCAGCAACAAGGAAGGCGAGGAGACGGAAACCAACCCUGUCGACGCGGGCGAGACGGAGAAAUCCAAGGCCUUAGAGGAGCCAGAGGCUUGUUCCGGCAGCACCGAGGGGGCAUCGGAGGACAAAGAGAGUGUCCCGGAGGGGGCGAUGGAGGAGGGCACCAGUGACAGCAACACGGGCUCUGAGACCACCUCGGCCCUGACGGAGGACGCCCCGCCCAGCGAGCCGGCAUCAGAGGGACCCAGCAGAGGACGCAGCGCCGCCCACUGAUCAGAGCGUUCGACGCGGCCCACUUUGGAAUCCCCCGCUUCUACCGUACGCACGAAAGGCCUCCUCUGAUGACACCUUGCACGGUCAUUCAGAUAUCGCAACCGUGUUCACGCGGGCUUUACUUUGUGACGCAAAACACUCCCAGUCAAGUGUUAGUGAUUUCCAUUCAAGGGCCAUAGUGUGUUGUUGCUUGACAGACCCAGUGUCCAUUUUUAACCGUAAUAAGCUUGAACCGCAAAGCAAUGAGGCCAUCAAAUACAUUAGGACUUCAGACAUAAUGUGCCACAAAGCCCAAGCAAAUGCAAUUGUGUUCCAUCCAUUUAAAAUCAAUACAUAUCCUUUGUCUUAUUCUCUGGCACUAUAUAUCUGGCACACUCCAGAUCAUCAUGAAUAAAGACUGGCUGUAAAAUCCUAUCACAAACGGACAUUGAUGUUCAAUGUUAUGAUUACCUUUGUAUUUUGAAGUGUAUCGUCUAUGUUGCUUUCAAUGUUAUUUUUGCAUGGUGUUGUAAUUCUUUGAAUGGAAGAGUUGCCUUUGAGGCAAAAAAAAAAAAAUAUGAAAAAGGUGAGGUGUUAAAUUUUCCUUGUUUACUCUCAGUAUCAGUAUUAAGUGACAGUAUUGUCUCAGGAGUUAGUCACCAGUAGUCGUUUGUGUUAUUUAUUCUUCUACUUAUUGCAUAUCAUCAGUCCGUCCAUCAACUUGUACUGUAUGCCAUGCUGUAAACAAGGCUCCAGCUGUGUUCUGAAGUUUGCUAGCUCUCAAUCAAAUCAAAGCAGUACGCUUAGAACAACCUUGCAGUGUUAUGUUAUCAGUAUUACGACGUUUAACCCAGAACAAGCUUCUAAAUGUUUUGUCGUGAGCAGUGCUAAAUGGUUUGCUUGAGCACAAGUCGAUUUUCAUCUCAUUGCAAAGCAAGUCAAAGAACAGAGCUACGAACAUGCUUAAGAUCAGUUUCCUUUUACAUAUUCAUACCAAUAAACUUUUCUACCCUGAAGUUCAGUUGGUAAUGU